CGCACAUUGUACAUUGCGCAUCUUAUAGGCGCUCGCAUAAACAUUUUCAAGAAACAGAGUAAUAAUAACAUCGGCAAAGAGUGUCAGUAUAGAAUUAUAAUUGUUUGCAUUAGCCUUAAGGUAAAACAAUGCAGUUCAUAAAUGUUUUCUGCACAUUUUAUUUAUUUCUAAUCCAACUUCGAAGCCUUUCAGCGGUUUGCUCAACGCCUCCAAUUUCCGAGAACGUUGCAUAUCAUCCUAACCAGGCGACAUACAAUUCCGAGGAUAUUAUUUACUACGCUUGUGCAAAUCGCCUCAAUCUUAUACCAGCAGAACAGGUCUCCAACUUCUGCACAGCAAAUGGAUCAUGGAAUAUAACUAGCGCACCUACAUGCCAACCAGUUUGUCAGUAUCCGCCGGAUGUUACGUCCGGGCAAGGCAGCGUCUCGCCAAAUCAACAAACAUACCAACCAGACCUCACUGUAAACUACAUUUGCUCCAGCACAAGUUUCGUUCUAGGCAAUGCUAACACUACAUGUCAAAAUGGAAACUUUCAAUGGUCUAAUUCACCACCAGAAUGUGUUCCUGGCUGCCCUCCUCCGCCGGCCCCAAUGAACAAUGCAACUCAAAUUGGCUCUCAUCCAACCGGAUACAGUAGCAGAGGUACACAGGUACAAUAUGGUUGCGAUGCAGGUUUUUCUGUUCAAGGGACAGAUACUUUAACCUGCAGCGCCUCAGCAGUUUGGAUUCCUGCUUCGGCACCAACUUGUGUUCGCGUUUGCGGAAACCCACCGCCAGCUACAGGAACCAGUGGUUCCUUCUCGCCAACUUUACCAUAUUAUCCUGUUGGCACCGAAAUAAAGUACACUUGUUCUGGUGCUUACAAUGUAAGAGGACCAGGUGUUAAUACUUGCAAGUCUGACGGGACAUGGAAAUAUGUUACUGGAACCACUUGCGAAGCAGUUUGUUUUACACCACCAAAUAUUCAACAUGGAACAUAUCAGCCUCAGCAAGUCUACUAUGGUGUCAACACUACUUUGGUUUAUACCUGCCAAACAGGCUACGUUCUGUCCAGUACUGCUUCCGUUGUGUGUGACCAUGUAAAUUUGUCUUGGAAUAAUAUACCGCAGUGCUUAAAACGAGAUACCAGCUUAGACGUUGUGUUUUUGCUCGAUUCUAACGACGGAGUUGAAGGCACAAGUUGUACACUAAAAGAAUCUGAACUAAAUACCUUAAGACCGUUUGGUCCUGGCGGAGUUUUUACUUCGAUAAAUUUCCCAGUGUCAUUUCAACUGAGAACAUUUCUUGAAAGUUUUCAGAACCAAUGGCGAACAGUGGAGCCCAGUUAUACAAGACUAGCUAUUCAAAAUCAUGACGGGAUGUGUAGUAACGGACAGAGCGCUUCCAUUCGAACACUCGCAUCGACCGAAAGCCUCACCACCGCGUUUUCUACUUUACAAAUGAAUUGUGGAACAGCACAGGCACUAGCUGCCCUGCAGUGCGUUUUGAGCUACCAGCUACAAGCUGCACAAGGCGAAAGACCCAAUGUCACCAAUGCAGUAAUCGUGGUCAUUCCGGACAUUACCUCUGCCCCAGCUUACUCCCUUGUGUUUAGAAAUGCCUAUUUGACUGGGCUGAGUUCUAUUCGGUCAAGCAUAUCUGACAUAUUCACAAUCUCUACGCUUCGAACUAAUUCAACCAAUUACCAAACCAACAAAUCGUAUCUAGAAGAGUUUGCAUGCGGAGUCUCUGGCAAUUGCACCAGGUUUAUUGGAUCGGUAUUCAGUCCGACCGAAGCUAUCAACCGAAUGAGAAGUUAUUAUCAACCUUAACCCACGAAACAUAUACCUACAAUAUAACCCC